UAAGGCAUGCACAGACAAAGAAAUAUACAAACACCGCUGUCAUGGCAUCCAGCCCAACUUUGUCUCAUUGAUUCCAGCCGCAUGCGCUCCGGUCGUCGGUGCCGCCUCGAGGGGUCGACUGAAACCUGAAAGCCGGUUGGGGGAGCAGUGACACGACAGGAGUGUGGGGAUACAAAAAAGUUUGAGAGGAAGGUCAAAGUGUCAGACGUAGAACCAUACAGAUGCUGCCUAAGUUUCUUGCUAAAGGACACUUCAGCAGGAUCUAAGUAUCUGCAACAGUAGUACCAUCUACGCGCAUGCUCAGUGUCUCCCUUCAACUGAUUCACAUCGGCGGCAGCUUUGGAGAUCCACCGGUCCGACAGCACAUGGAUCCCCAGUGAGAAGAGCGAGCGCUCCGGCCAGGGGGUGUACAAGGCGUGUGAGGUGUGAUGGCGCUGUGCUCCGAGUCCUGUGUCUCUGGCUCAGGAGGAGAGUCCUCCGGGAGUCAGGGGGGUUCUAGCUUUCUUCAGUUUGGGGUUCGUUCCUAUCUGCACCAUUUCUACGAGGAGUGCUCAUCCUCCAUGUGGGAGAGAGACCCGGAGGAUCAGGGGUUCGUCCAGAGCCAGAGGUCAGCCCUGUGGUGGAACUCAGCAAUAUGGAAGGUGUCCUUGGCCCUGGGUCUCCUGAUCCUGACUGCAGGUAUUGCCAGCCUCUCGGUCGGUUACUCCACUCCCCAUAAAAUUGAGUCGUUUGGAGAGGGAGACCUUUUCUUCGUGGACGCCCAGGCUGUCAGCUUCAACAGAGGGCUGCACCUCAGUGCAGCGGGCGGGAUCGGUCUCUCCUGCCUCGGCUCAGCCAUGGUGGUGAUGGGGGUUGUGGUUUGGAUCCUCCCCAGGGCCAACUUGAAAGGGAGGCUAUUCCACAGACCGGGGGAAAGGCAACAGAGAGCGGAGAUGUGGUCGAAGAGGAGGGGAUGCAGGGAUCCGGGGGAUGUGGUCACUAAGCCACCAGGUAUUGAAGAGGGGAAGAUACCUGUCACACUGUCGAAAGUGGAAAAUGUGCAGCCCACUUCUUAAAUAGAUCCCUGCUGAGCUACGUGUUGUACUGGCUUUUGUUGUAGUCCAGGGACCUCAUUUACAAGGUCUUACAUGUUUUUGAUCUGUUUUUGAGGGAAGAAUAUGUCAUUUUAGCACGCAAAUGGAGGUUGUUUCGUGACCUGGAUAUUAAAGUUAGACAUAAGAUGUAGACAAGGUACUUUAAACACCAAUCAGGCUUUAAAAGCACAGCUUGAUCUGAAUAGGUCAUAGUUUUUUUUUUCUCAACAAAUCAAUUAAUAUGUAUAAAUGAGGUCCCGAGACUUCAACAAGAGAUCUUAUGACUUGUACUAGAGAAUAGGGAUAUAGCUGUUGACCAUAGACUGUGUUUGUGCAGUGGACUAGUCUUAUAUAUUUCAAAAAUACAGUAAAAAUUUCAACUCCGGCACUCAGAGAGAGCAAAAUCCUAAUGACUGAUGGUAGAAAAUUAUAUCUUUACCCCCUACUUGAUAGUGUUUGUUGUAUUUUUGCUCAAAAUUUUUAUCAGUUAGUUUUUUUUAAUGGUAAUGGUAUCCGCUCUCUAAGUAGUUAGACAUAUUGCAGGAAUCACAUAGAAAACCUACAUUUCUAUUCACAUACACACGUCAACAUAGGAAAUUCAGAAAGGUGCCCACAUGCAGAAGAGGUUACAGAUAAAAAGAAUCAUUAACACUUCUGUAUCUACAUUUUCACAUAUCUACACUAAUGCUUAGCCUGCUGUGUUGAACACAUGUACAGUCACAUGCACUUGCACUUACCCGCUCACCCACACACACCCACACACACACAAAUUCAUGCCUCAUUGACAAUAUCACCUAUUUUCUCCUCACUUUAAUCUGGUUCCGUAAUUACCUGCAAUCUGUGUCUCCAGGCAACAGUUGAGCUUCAAGUGCUCUAUUUUCAACUACGAACAAAGCCUCUUUUCCGAUUGGUCCUCCAUAUCCCCUCUCUUUAUUUUCACACCAAUGAGAUUUUUUGUUUACAGGCACACACAGUAGUAGUGAGUAUUUGGCGAAGCACUGAGGUGAGAGGAAGUUGCACUGGCACCUUAGAGGCCACUUGUUUGAUUGGGUCCUCUGGUUUAGUUAAAUUAGUUUGAAAACUAGAGUUCGAAAGUUCGAAAAAAUGUAAUAAACAGAAUAACCACGAUGUCCUGAUUUACCUGCACUGAUUCCACUUGAUGUUAUUAUUGAUCUUUCAUUGUUUUAUUGUGUUAUUACCAAUGAUGAAGAUU